AUUACAAUUAUUUAUAUAGUUCCUUAAAUUUUAAACACAGUUUAUAUUUUAACUGCUUUCUCUUUAAUUAUGAUAAACCCAUAUUAGCAAUUAAAUUUAUAAAUAUCUUUAGAUGUGCCUUUGCGAACAAAGUUGUUCUACUUUAUUAAAUAACUGUAAAAAUAAAAAUAAUUCUGUGAAAAAGUUUGAGUCGUAUGGUAUAAAACAAUUAAAAAGCUCAUUUUAUGUGUUCAGCUCCAUGCAAUGAUAAUAGUAUUCGUCGCGUGUUAAUUAGGAUCCCCGCAUUUCUGUCUAAAUAAUGCAAUGUACGCUCCGGAUCAUCACAGACGAAAAGAAGUUAGAGAAGUUAUAUACCGGAGUAAUUCCAGUCUUGACUUGAUAUAUGCCGAACAUCCUUCGGGAAAUGGUCUCAGACGUGAGUACGGUAGCCACGGGUCGAUUGAUGUGAUCGGCGGAGCUAACGACCGUGUACCAACUAUGGUGCAUAAUUACAGUGUAGUUGCGAGUGGUGAGAAGCCUCCAGGCCUUGUGCGGGCCACAGAUAGAUUUUCAGAGAUCUUGGCUAGUGACCAUGCCGACGGCCCAACAACAAGAGCUAGUGUUAGUCCCAAACCACGGCUAAAGUUCAACAAACUCUGGGGUGGCAACACACAAGUGCUCAAUCGGCACAGCAAUGAUGAAGGGUCUAUGCCGAAUAUUGUUGAAGGAAGUAAAAGAAAACAGUUUGCACAUUAUGACUGCCAAUCACUUUUGGCAAAUUUGAGCUAUGCUGCUGAAAUAAGGGGGGCAUUGUUGAGCAGGCGACGGAACACAACAACAGGAGCUUCAGCUGCAUCAUUACUGGCAACUAGAGGUGUGCCUGCCGGUGAAGAUACAGCACCAGAUACUGGAGAUGGACGCUGCAAUGAAUUAUUAGAAAGUUGCCCGUUUUUCAGAAAUGAACUAGGAGGUGAGGAAGACCGCUGCGUGUCUCUGUGCCAUCGGACGGCUCGCGGCGCUAUACCGGGCCAGGUCGGCGGCUGGCAUCGCCCGCGAGCUGCGUACGGGUUCUCCGUGCUGGAAUUCCCUCCGGGGCACUCCCACUGGCGACACGGCUGUCCCUUCGCUAAGUCCGCAUCACCGCUGCCGAUCGAGAGUCAAGAUCUCGGUGCCUUGUACUACAGGAACUACUUUUACACGCAACCACAUCAAAAUUGGUUUGGAAUGGAUGAAAAUCUAGGGCCCGUUGCGAUCUCUAUCAAAAAAGAAAGAGUGGAGCUAAGGCGUAAUAGCAGCGACGCUUCAGCACCGUUUUCUCAACUCGCGUGGCAGUACCGUCUCAUCCUGAGAACGUCAGAGCUGUUGACGCUGAGAGGAUCUGUCUUGGAAGAUGCUUUGCCCACCAUAAAACCCAGCAACAAUAGCGCCACCUACAAUACAAAAGAAGUGUUAGAAUAUGUCGCUCCUGAACUACAACUCAGUUGUUUGAGGCUCGGUGCUACGAGUACCGCGACCGAGGAACAACUUCUGCGAUUGGACGAACAACGCGUGACGAGGCACUACAAGGUCGGGGUGAUGUACUGCAAGAGCGGCCAGUCCACGGAGGAGGAGAUGUACAACAACCAGGAGGCGGGCCCGGCGUUCGUCGAGUUCCUCCAGACGCUGGGCCAGACGGUCAGGUUGAAGGAGUUCGACAAGUACAAGGCCGGUCUGGACAACAGGACCGACUCCACUGGCUUGUACUCCGUUUACGCCACGCACCAGGGCUGCGAGAUAAUGUUCCACGUGUCCACCAUGCUGCCGUACACUCCCAACAACCGGCAGCAGCUGCUCAGGAAGCGGCAUAUCGGCAACGACAUCGUCACCAUCGUGUUCCAGGAGCCGGGCGCGGCGCCCUUCACGCCGCGGAACAUUCGCUCCCAGUUCCAGCACGUGUUCGUGGUCGUGAGGGUCAUCGACCCGUGCUCCGAGAACACUCACUACAGUAUAGCUGUCAGCCGGGCCAAGGAGGUGCCACUGUUCGGACCGCCCAUCAAAGAUGGCGCCGUCUACCCCAAGGGAGAGGCUUUUACCGAUUUGUUGCUUAGUAAGAUAAUAAAUGGAGAGAACGCGGCGAUACAGUCACCCAAGUUCAGUACGAUGGCGACCAGGACGCGCCAGGAGUACCUGAAGGACUUGGCCAGGAACUACGUGACGGCGAACACCGUGGAGACUGGCCACAAGUUCUCUAUAUUUUCAUCGUUGUUAAUGAAAACCAGUAACAGCUCUAGCAGCAACAAUACAGUUGUGGCAAAAGUCGACGACUGUGCCACCGACAUGUUAGUGGGGGGCGCGUUGUGUUACCAUAUACAAGUCCAAGACGAAGGAGCGGGUGGAGUGCUCCUGGAGUGCAUCAUGGGUAUAUCGACAGACUCCAUCGUCAUCGUGGAAGAACUGUCUCGACAGAUCGUGCUGGUCGUACCUACUAACACGUUGCUCGGGUGGGUCGUGAGCGGCGAGUGGACGCGCCUGUACUAUCACCGCGGGGAGAGCGUGCGGGUGCGCGCGGCGGGCGGCGGGGACGCGCUCGUCCGGCGUCUGGCGCACGCCGCGCCGGCGCACGCGCACGCGCUGCGGGAGAUCACGCUGGACCGGGGCGCCGGCUCACAACUCGGGUUCCACGUGCAGCCGGACGGCCUGGUGACGGCGGUGGAGGGCGGCGGGCCUGCGGCGCGAGCGGGCGUGCGGCGCGGAGCCCGGCUGCUGGAGGUGUGCCGCGCGGCCGUGGUGGCGCUGCCGCACGACCACCUCGUGGACCUGCUCAAGACCUCCGACCCCGUGACGGUGACGCUGUCGGUGGCGCCGGGCGCGCGCUGCGAGUGUCAGAGCUACGCGGGCGAGGGCUGGGCGCAGCAGGCGGGCCGGAGGAGGGCCCCGCACGACUCGCGCCCCGCGUCGCCGCCGCGCUCCGACAGCGAGGGAUACGGCACCGGAGGGUCGGGUCGCAGCGCUCCGUCUCCGGGUGCGGCCGUGCGGCGUCGGUCGCAGGACGACUGCUCCCCGCGACACCCGCGGCGACCGCGAGCAGCCAAUACCUCCUCGCUCACGGAGGAAUUGAUGCGGCUAAUGGACUCCGAACUAGGCGAGGGGAAGAAGAAUGGAGGAGGAGGAGGGAGUGUGGGGAGUGCGCCUCUCCCGUUACCAGACACGAGCGCGUUGGACUGGGCGGCGCUGGUUCACACCGCCACGCGAGCCAUGCUGCAGAUAUGUGAAGAGAAUCACUAUCCGUCGCUGGACUCCUCAGACCCGCCCCUGGAGUCGCUGCCCACUGACAGCGUGCGGGACUCGUGGUGCGACAGACCGACCAGUGAGAGAACAACUCCGGGCGCGGCCACCGCCACCGUGAGCAGUCCGAGUGCGGCGCCCGGCCAGAGCGAGGUGACCUGCGCGUGUGGCCUCGCCGACCGCGUGGCCUCGCUGGAGGCAGACGCGGCCUGCGUCCAGAGACACCAGCUGCAGCUGGAGGAGGAGGUCAGACGACUGCGACGGCACAACGCACGCCUGCGGGAGGAGUCAGCCCGUGCGGCGUGGCAGCUGCGCCACUUCACGCAGUGGCUCAAGCGGACUGUGGACAGGCAGUGACCACCAUCUUCACCCCAUGUCGAUAAGGAGCCCUCGAGCCUAUCUACUAGUUGCAAUUCUUUUCAUUCGCGACCAACAUGUUAGCUAUCAAGUACAAAGAGGGCAGUAGACCUGCUAUGAACCUAUUUUCGAAUCAAAUCAAAAUCACUUUAUUCAUGUAGGUCACGGAAAUGAAUCUUAUGAAUGUAAAAAAAAAAUCUUAUUGAAUUUGCUGCUACUUAAACCCUUUUGGUUGAGCUGAGAAGAAGUAGCUAGAAACAUAAACAACAACAUUCGGUUUAAUUACUAUUAAAUGCGAUGUUAUAUCCUAUAUUUGUGCAGCUAAUAUCAAUUUAUAAAUAUUUUUUCGUUCCAUUCAAUAUUAUAAUUGAGCUAAAUAUUUCUUAGUUAAUUCGUAAACUUCCCCCCGAUCGCAGUCGUACGAAGACUAAUACUAUAAUGCAACUGAUCUACCGAUCGAUGUUUUAUAUUUUGGCCAAAUUUUGCUAUUUUAUUAAAUUAUUUUUACAUUUACAUACAUUUUAGGAACUUAUAUAGUAUGCCUGUAGUAUUAAUUCGAUGUAUCAAUUAUAAAAAUAACUCCUUAGGUUAAGAUGAAUUGUUUUUACAAGGAGUAAAACAUAAGUGAAGUUACAUAGAAAUGACUAUAAUAGUUAUUUAUGCAACUGUUGUGUAAUAAGGGGUAUUAAAACACGAUGUGGCAUCGAUAAUAGUAUCACAUGAGUGUUUUAAUACCUAAUUAUCAACAGUUUCUUACAAGACUUUAUCUACACCCAUAAUAUGAAUCAUCUAUAAAAGAUUCAGUUAGCUUACUGCUAACAUUAAAAAAGCCAAUACUAGUAACCAUUACAUCAUCUAAAUGAGUGUUGUAAUGUUGUACUGAAUUUCAUUACAACACUCGUUUGGAUGAUGUAAUGGUUAUCAGGACAUUGGUUGUUUUAAUGUUGGUAAUAAGCUAACUGUUUCAGAAACUUUAAUAGAGGAUUUAAAGCAUGGAUGUAGAUAAAAAUUCUAACACAAUUCAAUCUACCUGUAACUGUAUCUAUUAGAGAUAGGACUAAAUUAAUUUAUAACUGCAAAUAAGUAAGAUCGUAUUUAUGUAUAUUGUUAUCUCUAGUAUAUUUAAGUGUAUGCAUGCACCUAGUGUCUAAAAUAUAUAAACCAUGUAUUAAUGCAUAAAACACAUUCGUCGUCCUCUAACGGAAAAUAUUCAGGUUAGUUUUUACUCGAUGAUACAGUAGAUAAAUAGUUAUUUAUGCAACUGUUGUGUUAUAAGGGGUAUUGAAACAGUCACGUGAUAAUAUUAUCAGAUUAGUGUUUUAAUACCUAAUUAUCAACAGUUGGAUACAAGACUUUAUCCU